AUGAAUCUCACGCAGCCAGCUUUGUCUGGACAAGGAUAUGUUGCUGUCAAGGACAAGUUUGAUGUUCAUGAGUCUGUGUCGGCCCUGGCCUGUGAUCUCAACAGGACAACGUCGUCCAAGUCCUUGCUGUCAGCGGAAACUGCGGAGCCACCGGAUGCCAAGCAUUUCUUGCUCAGCACGGCCAAUCAGAAGCUGCAGUCUUGUAUGAAAGGCAACGAGGAUGAGUUAUCCCAGAAGAAGAAGAAGGACGGCAGGAAGAGACGCAAGUCCAGCUCCUCCUCUCCGGAGGAGAGCGAGUCGGAGGAUCCCACGGCCGUGAAGCAGUCUGUGUUUUCCUUGGCGCAAAAGGAACUCGUGCGAAGGGGCCAGCACAACUUGGACGAGUGCUCGACCAAGCAGAUCGCCUACGCUUUCUCCUACUCGGCGAAGUUCAUCCUGCCCUCCGACCUCUAUGAGGUUGGUGGAGAGCAGGACUGCAGUCAUUCACUUCAACCUGAGGGACCAUGCUUUGCUAUCUCCGUCUGA